GCCUCUAGCCAGGAGGGUAUCGCCCAAUCAGCAGUCGCCAUCAUCCAUUGCAGGGAUAAGCGCACUUAGCGCCAGAGAGCAGUGACUGUCUGCAGGCCAGUUCACGAUGAGCGGCCGUUUGGGCCAUGUCCUGCACUUUCAUCUGCGGGUCUAUCAGGUGCUCGGCUUUCAUGGCCUGCCCCUGCCAGGGGAUGAGCGGCCGCGCAGAACGCGCCAGCUGCUGCGAGCCUGGAGCCUGUUCCUGCUGCUGGCGCUGAGUGGCAUGGUGACCGUGUGCCUGACCAGCAAUCUCCACUUUCUCUACAGAGGCGACAUGUUCGGCUUUGUGAACGAUGCUCUGAAGUACUUAUUCAGCGAAGUCGCACUGCUGUCCAUCUAUGCGGAGACAAUGGCCAGCCAGCGGGCCCUGGCACGCUUCUGGUGGCUCCAUGGGAAGCUCACCAGGCAGCAGCAGCAACACCUCGGCUGUCGGCUGUCUCGUCCAGCCUCCUUGCGCAGCGAACUGCUUCAGCAUCGACGCUACCUGAUCUCGCUGUACGGCAUCCUGGCGACGGAGAUACUCCUCAACAUUUGGCUGUGGCGGGUGCAGCCCUACAACAUCCAUUUGACACUCUUCUGGAGCACCUUUGAGCCGCUCGUCUUUCUCAUGUACCUGCGGAAUGUGCAGUUUGUGCUGCACAUGGAGCUGCUGCGCCAGCAGUUGGUCCAACUCGAGCGGGAGCUGUGCCUGCUGGCCGAAUACUCGCGAUUUGCCAGCGAAACGGGUCGCAGCUUCAAGGACUUUGGGCCCUUCCUGCGACGCCAACUGCUGCAGAAGCAGUGCGUCUACAACGAUGUGCACGAGAUGUACAGCUGCUUCCAGCGGGCCUUUUGCUACUCCAUCCUGACCGUUCUGCUCUCGAUCUAUGUGAGGGUUGCAGUCGAUUGCUACUUCAUGUACUACACAAUCUACAUAGAAAUAGCUAAUUUGGACUACUCGCUGAUAUUUCCCGCCUUGAUUGAGAUACCCGCCUUCAUCUAUGCCUCGCAGAGCUGCAUGGUGAUGUUGCCACGAAUAGCCCAUCAGCUGCACAAUAUUGUCACGGACACGGGCUGCUGCAGCUUUCCAGAACUCUCCCUGCAGAUUCAAAACUUUUCUUUGCAAAUCCUUCAUCAGCCGUUGCGCAUCAAUUGCCUGGGCAUCACCAUUCUGGACUGUUGUCUGCUCACGCGGAUUGCCUGCUCGGUGGGCACCUACAUCAUAUACACCAUUCAGUUUAUACCAAAGUUGAGCAAUCAAUAUUGGUAGCCUCCACACACUUGUAGCACAAGUGGAACUGGAACUAUUUUUUUUUAUUUUUCGAAGCUAAAACCUUUGUAAGACUUUUAGCAAAAAAUAUAUUUCAUUUGUUGUAGUUCCAUUGGACACGAAAGUAAACAAUUGUUAAAUUUAAACGA